CUACAUCACUGUGACCGCAUAUAGCUUAGCUGUGUGUUCGUUCUUCUGCCGGCAAAUGACGCUUUUUACAUAGUGAAAUAAAUACGAGUACUCUUGCGCAUGAAAAAAACUGAAGGGUUAAAUAAUAAAUAAAGUGGUUAUCCUUUUUGGUGUUAAUGUUAUCGGGACCAUAAAUUUACGAUAUCUACACGAUAUCGCGUUCACGAUACCUUAACCACGAGUUUUUCGCUCACAACUGGAAAGUGGACAGCAUAUCGUCACGUCCAUUUUAUGAUAGGAAAUAUAGAUAGUAAAACAUAUCGCCUGUUCAACUACCGGUAACCAUGGCACGCAGCCGCAAGGAUAGCGCUGGUAAGAGCGAUUCAGAAGCCACCGACAAGGAAAACAAGAAAGAAAAAGGGCGAGAAAAGAAGAAGCGUGCUGCUUCCUCGUCAAGUAGUGGUUCGAGUUCAUCAGAUAGCAGCUCGGCAUCUUCAAGUUCAUCUAGUGGCAGCAGUUCUAGAUCGAGCUCUUCGUCUAGUUCGUCAUCUAGUAGCUCUGGGAGUUCAUCAGCGAGCUCCCGAGACAGGGGUCGCAAAAGAAGCCGGAGUAAGAGCGCAGAUGUCUCAAGAAAGCAUGACAAUAAAGAGAAAGAACGAGAAAAGGAAAGAGACAAAGAUAAGAAGAAAUCUGGUAAUGCAGUGGCCGAAAAGCCAAAGCCCAAAGCCCGUUCUAGGUCGCAUUCACCACGGCGAAAACGUAGAGAACGUUCUCCAACACCAAGGCCGACAAAAAUUCAUAUUGGAAGGCUGACACGCAAUGUUACCAAGGAGCACAUUGUUGAAAUAUUCUCUACUUAUGGAAUCAUAAAAAUGGUAGAUUUUCCCCUAGACAGAUUACAUCCUCCAAGUGGCAAGGGUUUUGCGUAUGUCGAAUUCGAAACUGCAGACGAAGCGGAAAACGCUAUGAAACACAUGGAUGGAGGCCAAAUAGAUGGACAGGAAAUUACUGCUGCACCAGUAUUGCUGCCAAAGCCAAGGCCACUUCCCAUGCGCAGGAUGUCUCCUCCCAUGGGCCGGCGACCCCCUAUAAGAUGGGGUGGUGGAGGUCGUAACUCGCCACCACGUUACCGAAGACGUUCUCCGCCAUUGAAUCGUCGUAGAAGCCCCCCGCCUCCUCGCCGAAGACCGAGAACACGCUCCCGAAGUCCUCCAUCAAAUCCCCGUCAUCGUCAUCGUCGUUAUACAAGAUCCAGUUCAAGUAGCUCUCGAUAAAGUCAAAUGACCAUGUAACUUGAUCUUGCAUAAUUUUUUUUACAUUGGAAUUAUUAUAAAAUCUGGUGUAAUCAAAUAACUAUGGAUAAGUAAUGAAAUUGAAUAUUGUAAUUUCUUCGACGGACCUCAGUCACCAGUUACAUUGGUCGGCUCCUGAUCACUGUUGACUGGUGACAUAUUUCAAAUAAAGGUCGAAUAUUAGUUGAAAAAACUGUAAAUUCCUCCCUUAUAUACCGAAUAUAAUGAAUAACAAAACUUUCAUCGAAAUCAGCUUUACAUAGUUUAUGUAAACGAAGGUUAAGAACAUGUGAUAAAACAUAAUUUGCAGGAAUCUAUGCGAUAACGCAACAUCCACAAAAGUGAAGUAUCACAAAGUGGUAAUGAACACAGCAAUAGAAUUUAAUUUUGGUAAAGUUUAGUUCUGCUCCAAUUCAAAGUAUCUGGAACGUAUUUGGGAAUAGCAGAAAAUUUUAAGGCACAACAUUGAUUGAUGCUACCAUCUAAAGAUUACAGUCAUUGUUACACACGAUGCAGGAUAAAAUGUAGGACUGGGAAAUAUUGAAGUCAUGGUUACUUUGAUAGAAACUAUGAUUAUUAGACCCUUUUACAAAGAAUCAAUUUUAGAAAAAAUCUAUUCACACAAAAUGUUCUAUGCUCGCGAUAUCUACAAAACAGAAUCAUUGCAUCGCCUUGCAAUUUGCACUGAUGAAAAAUAUCUACAAUCUUUAAAUAGUAUGUAAUUAUCAAUUAUAUAAUAUACAAUUUUAUAAUGGCUUUACAAUGUCAAUAAAUCGUGGGAGCCUUACAAUUCAUUUGAAAACAAUAACCAUAAUGGAAAGGGUCCCGAACAGAAUUAACGUAGCCCAUGGCACGGAGAAUCGUUUUAACGGAUUUCCUAUUGAAUCUCUGGUACUGCAACAUAACAACAAUGUUCUAUCGCAGUAGUUUUAACGUAUUAUAACGGUGACUGGAACGAAUUUUUACGUUUUAUAUAGUACAUACAUAUGGAUUAUCAACAUUUUGUAAUGUACCCCCCCUAUUAUCCUGAAUCUGCUCCUUCACAUACGUGCUUUGAUUUGAGAAAUACAUUUUUUCUAAGUUAUCGUCAAAUUUAUACAGUUUUCACAAAGCUUCAAAAAGACGAGUCUAUAAAAAUUAUUACAUGCAUAUAUAAUAUAUUGUGAUAGACAGACUACAAUGUGAAA